GCAUGCGCAGACUGCAUGCGUGAGAGCGUUUUGGUACCAGGCAAAGGUUCUUGUGACACAUAAAAGAUGGAUUCGUCUGGAGGAGUAAUCGAUUUUGUUGAGGCGGCUGCUGACGGUGUUAUUGCACAAUUCAGUGAUGAUCCGGCUGAGGACUAUGUUGUUGUAGAAGAGGUAGAACAUGGUUUGUUGUGGCUUUAUUCUCAACCAGGGUGGAUACAAAUGGCAACAGGAGGUGCAACUGGAUGGUUAUCCGGAUACUUAUUGUCUAAAGUGGGAGGAAUGGCAGCUACUGCAUUUGUUGGAGGUGCAGUGAUGCUCAUGGUUAUGUCUCGGCGUGGUUACAUUACUUUUCAUUGGCGAAAAGUUCAACGUGACGUCAAAAGAACUCAAAGGGCAGUACCAAGCAUGUACAGGCAGUCAAGCAUGUGGAAGGAUGCUCUUACACAGAUACAGACAGAGAUUAAGAGACAUCGAAGUCUUGCAGCUGGUUUUGGCAUUGGCUUUAUUGGUGGAUUCUUUUUGUAAUAACCUAAUUGGAUGCUACCUUCAAGGUUCUUGACUGUCAUAGAAUGCUUUGAUUUACGUACUGUACAUUGAUUUCUUGAUUUUGCAUAAUUUUCAAAUUUUAUAUUGUUGUGCUUCCUAGUGUACGUUACAAUGUCAUGUGGUUCUAUUUAGCUUGCCCUUCCAGGCUAGACCUGUA